AUUUUGGCUUCUGAGAUAUCUGUGGGUUACGAGCAACCGCCUUGCAUCGUGCGCAGUGUGAAUGGGCGAGCAGUGCGCAGCAUGAGGGAUCUUGUACAUGCAGUAGAGGAGACAAAGGAGCAAUUCAUAGAGUUGCAAGUGGAGACAAAUGCAGCAGAAACGGUUCUACUUGUCAUCGACAGACACAAGGCAGAAUCCACAAACAAUCAAAUACUCAAGGAGCACAACAUCGCUCAAGCUAAAUCUGAGGACUUGCAACAACUAUAA